CGGCACACAUGCGCAGUAACGAGACCCGAGUGCUCGCUGCCGGCACCCAAAACAUCGUAAAACAUGUCGAAAGUGUUUUCGAUGGAAUAAAAAUAUUGGUUGACGACUGCCAAAAAACGCGUGUCAAUAUUUAUAUUUUUACUUUGAAAAUAUUGUGAAUGUUUUAUUGAUUGAAAUCGGGACUUGGAGGGCAGGACAAUUCGGGAAUUCGCGAGGUUAUCUACUGUUUGUUGUUUAUUACCUAUUGUUGUCAAUUUUGGGGGACAAUAUGUGGAAGGAAAUUCAUUCGGGUCAGGAGGUUUUCAUGGUAUCGAGUGAAUUGAUCGGUGACAAGUGGAAGAUACUGUUGACUAAUUUAAUUGAACUGUGGGCUGAGGAUAUUUCGAGGGAGGAGGUUGUUGAUAAGUGUCAGAGACUGAAUCCAUUACUGAGUAUAGAAGACGUCGACAUAGACGAGAUAAUCGCUGGAAUUCUGAGUAACAUUCCUCAGCUAGCGGUUGAAGUAACAAAAAGAAAAAUAAAAUUGGAGACGACUGUCGAGGGUGGGGUCUUCAGGUACGAGAUGGAUCUCGUCAAAAGUACUCCUCAAGAAUUAUGGCGAGAGGUGACAAUGCCCCUGUGUCUGUCUGUCGAGGAUUUGCGGCGACAGAAGGAGAUGUUGAUCAAAGAAAUGAAGAGGAAGGACGAGGAGAUAAUGGAGUAUAGAGCCAAUGGGGCUGAACUUAUCAGAAAACACAUUCAGACGAAACCUUUCAAUGAGGACUCAAUCAAAGGAAAUAUUCCAGUGGAUAGUCCCAAGUGUUGUCUAGACAUUUUCAAAUCUGUGAUAAAUACCAGUGAAGUCUGCAGGGCGAAGGAUAAAAUUAUUAAAAAAGAGAGUCUAUUCUAUAAUCACAGUCAGCCUCCAGUGAUCCCCAAUCACCCUCCGAACGAGGAAAAUGACGACAGCAAAAGACGUAAAAUAGACAUAGAAACUAAAACAAUCGUGGAGCCAGAAGUGGAGGUGCAAGAAAUGGCAAUGUCUGGCUUCCACUUUCUGGACUGGCCGAGUGACGUGAACGUGUCAACACCAUCAGCAAAACGAAGGAGGGGACGCUGCUCAUUCUGCCCCAGGAGCUGUGAUCUUAAGACAACAGCUACCUGCAGCAAGUGUCCCUCGUUCGUCUGUUCCAAUCAUAAGCGAGUGUUUUGUAUAAAAUGUGUAUCAGUCCCCUCCACCACUAGAUAAUAAAUCGAUGAAGAUAUA